AGCAGCUUGCUGCCCUCCACUCCUUUCCUCCCCACCCUAAUCCCCAUCACCACCCUAACAACCAAAUAAGGAAAGAAUUCUUUUGGAAAAAACACUCCAAAAGUAUCCAACUUCAUCUCCAUCAAAAGGAUGAUAAACCUCUCGUCAGCCCGCUCCCCCACCCCAACGUUUUCCCUUCCCCCUUCCUCCCCGUACCCAAAACCCCCAACCAUCUCCUACUCCCUCCUCAAAGCCUCCUACCCCCCUACCCCCACCGGCCAAUCUCUCCUCUUCCCCGCUCGAUGGCGGCGGCGGCGCCGAACCCCCUCCGUCCCCCAGGCCAUCGCCUCGGCCAGCCUCGAGAGCGCCCAGUCCGUCCUGGAGGCCGCCUCCGUCCUGGCCGCCAUCAUCCUCGUCCACGAGUCCGGCCACUUCCUCGCCGCCAGCCUCCAGGGCAUCCACGUCAGCAAGUUCGCCAUCGGUUUCGGCCCCGUCCUCGCCCGCUUCGUCGCCAACGGCGUCGAGUACUCCCUCCGCGCCUUCCCCCUCGGCGGCUUCGUCGGCUUCCCCGACGACGACCCCGAUAGUGACAUCCCCACCGACGACGCCGACCUCCUGAAGAACCGCCCCAUCCUCGACCGCCUCCUCGUCAUCUCCGCCGGCGUCGCCGCCAACGUCGUCUUUGCCUACCUCAUCGUCUUCACCCAGGUCCUCGCCGUCGGUCUCCCUGUCCAGGAUCCCCUUCCCGGUGUGCUUGUUCCCGACGUCCGCAACGGCUCCGCCGCCGCGCGCGACGGGAUCCGUCCCGGAGACGUUAUCCUCGGCGUCGAUGGUGCUUCGGCCCCCUCCAUCUCGGAGGUCGUCGACCUCAUCAAGAUGAGCCCCAAGAGGAAUGUGGCAAUAAAGGUGGCGAGGGAGGGGAUGGAAUCCUUGGAACUCAAUGUCGUUCCCGACGAGAGCUCGGACGGCACCGGGAGGAUUGGAGUCCAGUUGUCCCCCAAUUUCAGGCUCUCCAAGGUCCGGCCGAGGAACCUCGCCGAGGCUACGACGCUCGCCGGCAAGGAAUUCUUGGGGUUGACAUCAACUGUAUUGGAUGGCUUGAAGCAGAUUUUCUUGAAUUUCUCGCAGUCCGCCGGGAAAGUUUCAGGCCCUGUGGCGAUCAUUGCGGUCGGGGCGGAGGUUGCGAGGUCCAGCUCCGAUGGGUUGUUUCAAUUUGCAGCUGUGAUUAAUCUUAACCUUGCGGCGAUUAACCUUCUUCCGCUGCCUGCACUUGAUGGCGGAUCGUUGGCUCUUCUGCUUGUCGAGGCAGCUAGAGGUGGAAGGAAGAUUCCCCGGGAGGUGGAACAGCGAAUUAUGUCAUCUGGGAUAUUGCUGGUUGUCAUGCUUGGGCUUUUCCUCAUGGUCCGUGACACUCUAAACCUUGAUUUUAUCAAGGAGAUUUUGUGAUUAGGCCUCUGGAUAGAUGAAGGGAAUUCAGAAAUCAGAAAGUUGGAACUUUUGGGGAUGGCUUUAGACAGUGAACUCAGCCUACUCAGAUGUUGAUGCGAGAAUUCAUCUGACGUCGGGAUGCAUGGGUCGACGGCGAGGUGGGUCUUUUGGGAGCACGAUCUACACAAAAAUUCUAAUCGAAGAUGGCUGUAGCAAGGAUUUUUCAACAUUCAAGUCAAUACUCUCGUUCAAUAGAAAGAGGAGAGGAGCAUGAGAAGCAGAAUAAUAACGUACCUUCUUCGAAGGUCCAAUUGGAAUUUUAGUUGGUAAGUAGUGGGCACAAUUCCGCAUGAUCAGGAUGUGAUUCAUGGGAUAUAAAAUUGUCGCUCGAGAUUUUCGGAAUGUGACAGUGGUGACUACUUUAUCAGUACAGAGACAGUUGUUGUCCAA